CCCAACGAUCCAUAUCAGCUGAUCAAUGGGGUUCCCGGCCGCGGUGCACGCGGAGGUGCCCAGGCUGCUUCUCAACCUCCUCUUCCUGCUCGACCACCUCCGAAACCUCUCCUCCUGGCUGCUCCGCCUUGUCAGCGUCGGCAUACACGACGACCUGGGCCUCACCUUCGUCUACCCCACCCCCUCCGACUUUGCCGACCACCACCAACACCACCAUGGCCUUGAGUUGGAGCUGGAGAAGCAUUCCCCGGCCGUGCGCUUCGACGCGCUCUCCGGCGCCGGACACAAAGCUCAGCUGCUGCCGGAGGGGUGCGCGGUGUGCCUCAGCGACUUCCACGGCUCCGCGUGUGUGCGGCGGCCGCGGGGGUGCCGCCACGUCUUCCAUCGCGCCUGCCUUGACCGCUGGGCCGCGCACGGCCACAGCACCUGCCCGCUCUGCCGGGCGCCGCUCCUCCCGCCCUUCCUCCUGCCGCUCCCGCUCGUGGCGUCGUGAUUCCCGCCGGGUGUUGUUUGCACAAUCCGGCAAGCGAAUCCUGAUUUCGCAAAAAAAAAAGCAAGCAAAUCCUGAGGAGGGUGUUCUGAAUUUGUCGCUUUCGUUUUGGUUUUUAUGGAAACAAACCCAACCACAGCACGGGCCAAGGAGG